GUGUUAACGCUGUCGACCCGACAGCAAGCAGCAAGCGCAGAAACUGAGAAGUUGAACCGAAAGAAAAAUAACCCUAUCAGAAAACAAAAAGAGAUUUCAUUGAGUUUAACUGAAAAGAUAAUUUACCAACAACACAAAGAAAACAAACUCAAGUGUCACACUGAAGCAGAAAUAGAGCGGGGCAGAUUUGUCUUGCUAGUUUUUCGUGAAAGAAAACCCAAGACGGAAAAGCAAGCAACAAGCUUGCCAAAGGGUAGAAUCCGUUAAAAGAGCGACGACUAAAUAUCAAGUGCAAUAAAAAUGACUGCUUACUAAUUGCACUCGCAGCACACUGCAACAAAUCGAAGAUCAAUUUACGACACACACACAUAUAUAUAUAUACGCAUUGUGUGUGUGUGAAUAUUCAAUUCAAGCCGUUAUCGAUAGGCUAUAUCUUGCGUGUGUAUAUCGAUUAACUAGUUGCGCUUAAGAUGAACAGUUUGGCACGCGUGUUUAGCAACCUGUCCGACUUCUACAAUGACAUCAAUGCGGCCACUCUGACCGGCGCCAUCGAUGUGAUCGUCGUGGAGCAAAAGGAUGGCGAAUUCCAAUGUUCGCCCUUCCAUGUGCGCUUCGGCAAGCUGGGCGUGCUGCGCAGCCGCGAGAAGGUGGUGGACAUUGAAAUAAAUGGAGCACCCGUUGAUAUACAAAUGAAACUGGGUGACUCUGGCGAGGCAUUCUUUGUGGAGGAAUGCCCCGAAGAUGAUGGCGUAGAGCUGCCCGCCAAUUUGGCCACAUCACCCAUACCAAAGAGUUUCCUCCAGUCGCUGAACAACAAUGCCAACGACACAAUGGAGGACAUUAGCGGCGUCAUAGCCGACAAAAGCGCUAGCGAUGAAUUGCAAAUCCCGUUGCCAAUGCCCCGUCGCAACUCCAUUGAUCUGUCGAAGGAGGAGCCCAAGGAGAUUGCCAACGAGGGCAGCAAGUUCGAGAAUCAGGCCUCGGACUACACACACCGCAGGCACACGGAUUUCUUGCUGGAGAGACGCAAUUUGAAUGAGAAACGCAAGGAGUUUACCACACAAAAGAUGCGCCAGGAAUGGGCCGAGCACAAGGAGCUAUUUCUGGACAAAAAGCAAUCGGAGACGUUGGACAAAUUGCCCGAGUCAAAGCCGGACGAAAUGGCGGCAGUAGACACAAAACUAGAACCAGAACUGGCCAAUCAAUCCCAAUCGGAUCCCAUUGAAAUGUCCAUAAAGCCCCAGAUGCCCGAGAUGUUGUUGACGACACCUACGGGUCCAGUGGCUGCAGCGACUUCAAUCACCGAGACCAACAAGGACGAUGCCAAAAACAAGACCAAGAAGCGACGCAAGAAGUCGCAAAUGAAGAAGAAGAACUCGCAGCGUAAAACAUCCUCGAGCAGCUCCGCGGGCAGUGCCGCCGGCUUCGAUGCCGGCAAUGCGGAUACCGUCUCACUCAGCUCGGUGAAGGUGAGCAACAUUGAUGAGACCGAUAUGGUUGCCAGCGUUUCCGUCAACACAAAUUCGUCAUCGAACGAGGAGCAGGCAGCAUCGUCGGCACCACUCGUCACGGCUGCCAGCGAGCUGACACAUGUGGCAACAACGCCCACAAAUGUGCCACGUCACGAUCUGGACAUACACUUCUUUAGCGACACCGAGAUCACCACACCGACGAGCAUGGGCGCGGCGGGCGGUGGCCGCGGAGGAGUUGGUGGCCAUCGACCAUCAACGCCCAUCCAGAGCGACAGCGAGCUGGAGACGACGAUGCGUGGCCAGUGCCAUGGCAAUGCCGAUGAUGAGAACACCGCCCUGUGGAAGUGGGGUGAACUGCCCACGGCGGAACAGGAAAAGCUUGUCGCCGAGGAGCGUCGCACAUCGAUGCUGAGCAGCAUGUUUAGCUUUAUGAAGCGGGCGAAUCGUUUGCGCAAGGAACGUGAUGCUGGCGACAUUUAUCUAUCCGACCUAGAUACGGGCAGCAUAGAUCCCGAAAUGGUUGCCCUCUACUUCCCCAGUCCCAAGGCCAAGGAGUCGAAGCAAACGCAGAGCGGCGAUGAGGAUCGCGAAAGUGGCAACGGCACCAGUCUGCCCCAUUCACCCAGCUCCCUGGAGGAGAACCCAAAGAGCCAGGACUCUGAUUUCGAUGAGGGUGGCAAACAGAUGCCGCCGAUGCCAGAGAACAAGAAAUAUUUGGAUUUUGUGGCCAUGUCCACAUGCGGCAUGCAGGAGAAUGGUGCGCCGCCCACUGAUGAAAUGUUCGAUCGCCAUCUGAUCACCUAUCCCGAUGUGUGCAAAGAUCCACAUAUGUUCGCAUCGCCAAAUCUAGUUGUACGCCUGAAUGGCAAAUACUUCACUUGGAACGCUGCAUGUCCCAUUGUUAUGACAAUGAUUAUAUUCCAGAAACAACUAACCGAUGAUGCCAUCGAGCAGCUGAUAACGCCAAUGCCUCCAGUAUCUGGCUUUGAUAAACCGGAGGCUAUUCUCCAAACAAUGCAGGACAAUGCUGGUCAGACCAAGCGCUCCUGGUGGAGCUGGCGACGAUCUCAGGAGGCAGUGCCCAAUCAGGACAGCAACAACAAAGGCAUUUACAUCCGCAAGAAUCCAAUGCUUAAAGAUGAGAAGGAUGGUGACCAGGCUGCUGUUAGCACACAAACAUCGCGUCCCAAUACGCCGGACACAAGCGAUCCUACGCUCAGCAAAAGUGAUUCGAUGGUGAAUGCCGAGAAUACCUCCGCUCUCGUGGACAAUCUUGAGGAGCUGACCAUGAACUCCAACAAGAGCGAUGAACCCAAAGAGCGCUACAAGAAAUCGCUGCGCCUUAGCUCGGCGGCCAUUAAAAAACUUAAUCUGAAGGAGGGCAUGAAUGAGAUUGAGUUCAGUGUGACGACCGCUUAUCAGGGCACAACGCGCUGCAAGUGCUACUUGUUCCGCUGGAAGCACAACGAUAAGGUUGUCAUUUCGGAUAUAGAUGGCACCAUCACCAAGUCGGAUGUUUUGGGUCACAUUCUGCCGAUGGUCGGCAAGGAUUGGGCCCAAUUGGGCGUCGCACAGCUCUUCUCCAAAAUUGAACAAAAUGGCUAUAAGCUGCUCUAUCUAUCGGCACGUGCCAUUGGCCAGUCACGAGUGACACGCGAAUAUUUACGCUCAAUCCGGCAGGGCAAUGUGAGGCUACCAGAUGGGCCAUUGCUGCUGAAUCCGACAUCGCUGAUCUCGGCAUUCCAUCGCGAGGUUAUUGAAAAGAAACCGGAACAAUUUAAGAUCGCUUGUCUGUCGGACAUCCGUGAUCUAUUCCCCGAAAAGGAACCUUUCUACGCCGGCUACGGCAAUCGCAUUAAUGAUGUGUGGGCAUAUCGCGCCGUCGGCAUACCUAUCAUGCGCAUCUUCACCAUCAACACCAAGGGCGAGCUGAAGCAUGAGCUGACCCAAACAUUCCAGUCAUCGUACUGCAGCAUGACCUACAUUGUGGAUCAGCUGUUUCCGCCCGUCAAGCAUGACGAAGUGGACGUCGAGUUCUCCAAUUUCAAUUACUGGCGCGAUCCCAUACUCGAUUUGCCCGAACUGGACACGGCGCUGGUGCCGCCCAAUAAAACAGAAUCGGCCUCACUUCGACCCAUUCCAGAGAAAUGAAUAAUCAAUAAUCGCAACAAACAAACAACAAACAUAAACAUAAACAUAAACAUACAUAAAUACAUACUAAACAUACAAAUAAUCAGCUAUUAGAGUGAAGCUUUCUAUCGUGUUAUAUAUUUCGCAAAACAAUCUUUUCAUUUCCCAAACUUCAAAUCCUAUUUUGAGAAAAGAAAAACAAUACAACUUUGUCUAGAUGAUCUAUUCAAAAUUUACGUACAAUACAUUAUGCCUAUGUAUACAAGGAUUAAAGUACAUUUUAAGUUACGUCAAACAACAACCAGGGAAGUGAUUUAGCCUACUUUUGCAUUAUAUAUUUAGUUAAUUCGCUUUUGAUUUCUUUUAUAUAUAUAUAUUAUUUGAAAAUGAGAAUUUAUCAAUGCAAAGGAUUUAUUGCAAAUUAUUUUUGUAUCUCUGAUAAUAAAAUUGUGAAGUGUUUGAAACUGAAAAUUCCUGAGCUACGACUACAGACAUACUAUUAUUAUUAUUAUUAUUAUUAUUAUUAUUAUUAUGAAAAUGCAUCUUGUGAUUUUUAAUUUAUGAUUAUAAUUAUUAUGAUUUUGUGAUGAUCAGUUAAAUGAUAUAACUACAUACAUACAUACAUACAUACAUACAAAUGCUUAUAAUUUAGUCAAUGCUGGGCCUAAUUCAUUGCUUAAUUGACUUUGCUUAGCCCAAAUACAUAUAUACAAAUAUGAUGUUUCAAAUAAAAAUCAAAUGCUUUAAACCAUUUCUAUAAAUCUAAACGUAA